CAGGCCCAGCAAUACAGAGAUUGUGUCAUAAAUUGAUUGCGCCACACUAAUUUAUCCAGCCUUACCCUAGCACAUCCUCCGGCCCUGUCUCCAGCUGCAGUGAUGGGAGCAUGUAGGAGAGUUUGGAGGUUGGGGGGCUGCGUCGGCCCUGUGUUGGCCUGGAUCGGUGCACUGUUCCUGGGUUCCAGCUUGGCCCAGCCUCCCCCUGCCUCCUGUCCUACGGGAGUCCCUCCCUCGAACCUGAGCCAGCCCCAGUACCAGUCAAUCCCAGGAGCAGACACAGGCUUCAUGUCCGCUGUGGUCCAGUCCUUCCUCCACACCGUCCAGCCCAACCCCUUCCCCAAAGGUCAGUCUGGGGCUGAAUUUGUCUGGUCAAAUGUCGUGUACUACAGUAUACAAAGGGAACAGGGUGCCAUAGUCAAAAACAAAAUAAGUGCACUGUGAAGGGAAUAUUGUGCCAUUUUGGACAUAGCCUAGUCUGACAGCGCUCCUUUUCUACAGCAGUCUUUUUAUCAUACUGACCUCAUACUGACCUAGCCAGGUGUGUGUAGCCACUAUGUAAAUCCCAUACAAAUACCUGGGCUUCCACCAAUUUGCAAAUUUUGGAAAUUGGUAUAGAACUAUAACGUUACACAAUAUUUUAUUUCUAGGUUAACUGAGAUUAGUUUCCAUCUGGAAAUGCGUUGUUUGCUCUACUCCUAACCGUCCCCAAAGAUUUAAGCAUGUGUGCCUAUAGUGAUGUGAUAGGUUAAGCAUUAGAGCUAACCGGCGCUCUUUAACCAUAGAAACUGCUGACGAGGUUAGCUAAUCAGUACGUUAAUGGGAAUGCCUUUAGUGUGUUGUGGGUCAGGCUGUCAAUGGUUAACUACUGUAGUCAGAUAAAAGUAUUUGUGGAUGGUGUGUUUCCUUUUAUUUUGAAGUAGUGAGUGACUCAUACACUUAUGAUUAAACCAGAAACCACACAGUAGAGCAACACUGUAGACCUGUGGACAAUACUCCACUGUAGUUGUCUCACUGACAGAAUCUGAUUGCUUCAUCUCCUUUGUUACCGUCUGUAGAUUUCUUUAUGAGUUCAGAGCUGGCUCAGUUUAUCUAUUGCUUCCUUGUUAGAGCCAGGAUUGAUUCUGUUUGACAAACAACAGUGAAGGUCCCUCAGGUACACACACACACACCCCAAGUUAAUCAGCCACCAGGUGAAACUCGUCUUAGAUCAGAGAGCUCUCAUGUUGCUAAGCAGGUUGCUAUGCACGGAUUGGAUUGUGAUAGUCUCUUUGAUCAUGGCUUCUAUCCAAUCAGGGUUGGAGGUAUUGUUGUAACUUAGUAUUUCAACCAUUUUUUGCUCAUGUUUUGGUUUUAUGUUUGUUGAGAACAUUAAUAUUUGUCUGUUAUUAUGUGCCAGGCAUUGAGCAGUUAUUUAAACUUUAUUAAUAUGACUUUUCUGAAUCCAACUGUAAAUACUGACUGAUCCACUCUCUGUUCGAAUCCUAUCCGAAGACACUCUCCCUCUCUGUGUUUCUCUCUCACUCUCUCCUCAAUCCCUCUCUCUCACUGUCUUUCUCUCUCUCAGUAUCUCCCUCUCUCGCUCUCUCUCACUCGUUGAACAUGGUGACAGUAGCCUGUUCUAAGCUUUAUUUCUUUAGAUUUAUUGUACAUUUUAUUAUUUAGGUUUUAUCAUCGAAACACAUACAGAGACAAGUGAUGGUGACACAGCUCUUCUGUAGUUGAUUUAUUCAACAUGUGUGGUAGUCACCAACACACAUUUGUGAAACAGUGAAGAAAAACACUCUUAAAAAUGUGGUUUACACCACGCCCUGUUACUCUGUAACAGUUUUCACAAUUCAAUGCAACUUACCUAGUCCGUCAGCAUUCACUAGACUGUGAAUGGCUCUGUGUGAGAGAGAGACAGAAAGAGGGAGGGAGAAAUGCAGAAAUAGAGAGAGAAUGUGAAAAAUAAGACAUUCCUCCUUCCCACCUAGACAAUGAUAUAGCUCCUCUCAAGUUUCCCUUCAGAAUGCCAGCCGGUGGUGAUGAACAAUAACCAUAACUACCAGGUUUAGACAAGACAAUGGAGGAGGAACCGUUCUUAAUGUGUGGUUGGCUCAGGCCUUACAACCCUGGUGUGGUUACCCAUGGUUUCCUGAUCCUUAACUUAGGUUCUAAAGAACAUACAGUGGGUUUGAUUUCCUAUCUCACUGUUGUCAGAGACUGGAGAGAGAGAGGAAGAGAGGGUGAGGGAGGGAGGAACGGAGGAGAGAGAGAGGGAGGAACGAACAAAGAGAGGGAGGGAAUGAGAAUGAGAGAGUUCAGAGGGUUGAUGUGAAAUGUGACACCCGAUCUUCAUACAGCCUGUGAAAGUGUGAACUCUGAUCCUCUCACAUGAACAAGCCAGAAGAUGUUUAUAUGUUGAAUAUGUUUUUUUGUACUGAUAUCCAAUCAUUGUGGGUUGAAUGAUGACUGAUUGUGUUGUGCUUGAGUGUAUAGAAAAGAGAGAGGGAAUGCCAAUACGAACUGAAAAUGUUCCCUUUCAGUCAGUCACUUGGUAUGUCAUACUAUGGGGAGUCAACGAUCAAUCAUAUUCACCUGAAGAAAACUGAAAUCACGUCAAACGUGCCAAUGGAUGCUGAGCCCGCCCUCGGAAGCCUUCCUGGCUAUAACGCCGGGGCUCGCAUACAUUUCCUAAAUUCCUAGAUUCCGGGGAUGAUUUACUAUCCCUGAUAGCUCUGGAGGAUUUUCAGAGUGUGAAUCAGAUGACAUCAGUCCGGGGCAGCCUAAAGCCCUGGCUUUGGAUUUGACGGGGGAGAGUGGACCGUUGGUGGCUAAUGCGCCUUUGAUAGAGCUGUGUUGUAGGGCGGCAGAUCACCUGUGGAUGGAUUGGCCGUCUUCUUCCCCACAGCAGGGUUCCUCCAGGUUGGGGGAAGGUAUUUACCUCCUGUCCCUGCAGCGGUGAAAUGCCGCUUACCCCCAUUUAAAGAUUUAGCCGAUGAGCUAAAGGCGACCUGGGAUUCCCCUCAUUCAGCCAGGCUGGUGCUACCAGGUUAUGGCGAGUUCAUGAACGUAGAGGGUAUGGAGGAGACGGAGCUGAUGGAUGGAAAGCUGGCGAGUUACUUAGCUCCAGAGGCUAACAAGAGGGUUAAUCCUGGCACGAUGCUUCCGAAUACAUAGUGCUGGUUCUCGGCGGAUCAGCUGGACAAAAGUGUACCACACUGAGGGUGUGGUAGCCCGGUCGUUGAAUGUGGUCACAAUGCUGCAGAAAUAUUAUAUCGAUUUGCUGCAGGAGCUGAAUAAGCCAGUUUCAGAGCUGGGGAAGCCAGUUUCGGUGCUACUGUUGAUUAUGUACUGCGUCUGUCCUGCUGUACUAUCCUGGCUGUGGGGAGAAGUAUGGGGGUGACGGUGGUGGCUCACCGCUACCUCUGGUUGACGUUGUCCCGGAUUCCUGACGUGGACAGGCAGAUGUAUUUGGAUGAGCCAGUUUCACCAACAAGGGCAACAGUGCUCCCAAGUGGCUCGGUCAAUGGGGGCAAGUUACUGGUUUGCGAAGUCCACGAACCCGGUGUGGGCCGGGUAUCAGAACGGCAGUACCACGAAAGCACAUUGUUUCUACAAAAGGUUCCUCGGUGUUCAGGGGUAUUAAGAGUGCGGUACCGUCCAGUUGUGGGAAUAAUAAACAGUUCCUUCCCCAUGUUCAGACACACGGUUUUCAAGUAGUGGAUAUGAAAACAAGCAUGACAAAAAAUAGAAUCCCAGUUCUCAGGGUGGUGCUCUGCCCCUUCAGGAGACAAUGUAUGGGAGACUGGCAGCGUGCUCCAUCCAGUGGCCGGCAUGCGCAGUUUCACCAUGGGUGAUGAGGACGGUGACAAGGGGGUACAGUCUGCAGUUCGCUGUGCGUCCUCCUUUUCGUAGCGUCAUUAUGUUAAUGAUCCCUGAAGUCCUAGCGCCUGUCUUGAGAGAGGAGAUUUCUUCUCUGCUUCAAAAGCAGGCUAUUUGGGUGGUCCCCGUCUCAGUUCCCAAGAGCGAUGGAACGUUGAGUCCCAUCCUGGACUUGCGUGUUUUAAAACAAGCACCUCAAGGUUUGCAAGUUCAAAAUGCUAACACUUCGCUGGCUAUUACAGUCGGUGGGUCCCAGCGAUUGGUUUACGUACAUAGAUCUGAGGGAUGGGUAUUUUCAUGUGGCUAUACAUCCUCCCAACAGAAAGGUUUCAUUUCGAGAGGUUUCAUUUCGAGGGUGUGGCGUACGAGUUUCUGGUCCUGCCUUUCGGGCUCUCCCUAUUGCCCGCACCUUUUCUAUGGUGGUGGAGGCGACUUUGGCACUGGUGCGGUGCCAGUGGAUCAGAGUAUUGGCCUAUCUGGAUGAUUGGCUGGUCGCAGCGGAGUCGAGGGAACAUGUGGAGCUCCACACUGCCACUCUGGUUUCCUAUAUUAAGUCUCUGGGGUACAUAGUGAAUCACAAGAAAAGUUGUUUGACUCCGGCUCAGUGCUUUCAGUGUCUGGAUCUCAUUCUGGACUCGGUUCUGAAUCAUGCGUUUAUUGUCCCAACAAAGGAGGGUCGCAUUCCGGCUCUGUCUGGCACGGUUUCAGCUGGGGCACUCUGUGCCUUUUCGCUUGUGCCUGCGGUUAUUGGGUCUGGUGGCCUCCAUGAAAGCUGUGGUACCUCUGGGACUUCUGUUGAGGCGUCUGUUUCAGCGCUGAGUGAUUGCUACGCGUCUGGACGUAUCUCGCCACUGCCAUUGAUUGCUCGAGGUAUAACUGUCAUGCAUAAGGGAGUUGACUCCUUGGAGGGACCUGUGUUUGCUGUUGCAAGCGGUUCUCAUGGGCUGGGUAGUGUGCCGCAUGUUGAUCACGACAGAUGCAUCCUUACUGGGAUGAGGAGCGCUUUGUGUGGGCUACUCGGAAAGAGGGAUUUGGUCAACAGCGCAAAGGGCGCUGCAUAUCAAUUACCUAGAGCUACUGACUGUUUUGCUAGCACUGAGGCAUUUCCUUCAAAUGUUGGAGGGCCAGAAUGUGUUGGUAAGGUCCGACAACAGGAUGGCGGUGGCGUACAUCAACUGGCAGGGGGGGACGUGGUCUCUCUCUCUCCUAAACCUGGCCUAUUAUUUGCUCGUAUGGAGCAGUGCACAUUUCCUGUCAUUCAGGGCGACGUAUCUUCCCGGAUCUCUCAACAUGGGUGCAGAUCUACUUUCCAGGGGGGUCCUAUCUACGGAGUGGAGACUGCACCCCUUGGUGGUUGCCCAGAUAUGGAUCCGGUUCGGCAGGGCAGACGUAGAUCUAGAUCUUUAGGCAUUGCAUGAAAAUGUGCAUUGUCAUCUGUUCUUCUCAAUGAGGGAUCUGGGCGCUCCGUUGGGAACAGAUGCUUUGGCGUAUCAGUGGCCUCGGACCCUGCUCUAUACGUUCCUCCGGUGGACCUGAUUCAGGCCACCGUGGAGAGUGUCUGUCAGGAGGGUCUGUCAGGAGGGUCUGUCCUACAAGACUGUCCUGCUUAUGGCCUUGGUGUCGGACAUGCGCGUUGGAGAUUUAAUACACCCCUUCCUGUUUGGAGUUCGUGCCUGGCGACUCCAAAGUGAGGUUAUGUCCAAAUGCAGCUUUUGCUCCCAAGGUUAAACCUAUGUCUUACAGGUCCCUUGCUUUCGAGCUGUUCCCUGUCUCACCUCCUCUGUUUGCUUCCAGUGAACAACAGAGGUUGCAUGGCCUGUGUCCGGUGCACGCUUUACUCACUAGCAGUAUAUGGAUAGGACCAAGGACCGCAUUUGUGACCAGCUUUUUGUCUGUUUUGCUAAUCCAACUCGGGGUAGGGUGCUUUAUUUUUGUUGUUGUUUAAAAAAAAAAAAAUUGGGGGAGGGGGGGUUACAGGUAAAAAAAAUAAAAAAAAAAAUGCACACAAAAAUAACCAAUUUCUUUCUUUCUCUCUCUCCCUCUCCAUCCCUCUCUCUUAGAUUUGCUGGUUAAUUUAUUGGAGGGAAAUGGUAAUAUAUACGAUGACAAAACGACCAUUAAAGAGGUGAGAACAGAUGAAUGCUUCCUGUCCACAUUACAGUCGAUCUAUUGUCCAGUGAUAUUUGACAGAGUGUGACGUCACAUCGAUCAACAAUGACUCUUCAUUGUUAUAGAUAGAAGAUUGGUCUUGAAAUUAAUAUGCAAUGUUAAUAUAUUAGAGCAAAGUGUCACCAUCUUUCUCUUCACCAAUGUUGAAUCAGCUAACUUUUCUUCUUCUUAUUAUUUACACUCUGUUUAUAAUCCUGUAUAUCCUGGUGUUUCUGUUAAUGUGUGUGUGUGUCUCUGCGUGUUAACUGUGUGUGAAUCUCCUCAGGUCCUUCUCUAUGAAGUUGGAUUCCUAGUGUGUGCUGCUAUAGGGAUUGUAUACAUUAUCCUGAUGCCCCUGGUUGGGUUCUGCCUGGCCUGCUGUCGCUGCUGUGGACACUGUGGAGGACGCAUGUACCAGAGACAGACUAAAGCUGUCCACUGUCACAGGAGAGGAUUCUACUGGGCUACACUACUCACCACGCUAGUCAUACUGUAAGUGUGCGCGCAUAUUUAAGCAUUUGGAUAAGACAAAACAAGCAUUUUUGAUAUGAAGUGAAACAAUGAAAACGAACUAACUUUUGUGUGCGUGUGUGUGUCCAUGUAUGUGUGCAUGUGUGUGUAGUUCAGGGAACAUCUGCAUGUUCUUCAGCAACCAGUUUUUGAAAGUUAGUGUCGAGGACAGCUCUAUAGAAGUCAACAAAACACUGGACAACCUCCAAACCUACCUCACAGCUGUCCCACAGGUGUGUGUGUGUGUGUGUGUGAGGACUUCCCUGUUAUUUUCAGAAGGGAGUAGAAAACCUAAAUGAGAAAGGAAGAAGGAAGACCAGUUUAGUUUCUAAAACAUCAUAGACGUGUCAAUACAGACAGUUUUAUAGAUAUACAGUGGGGUCUGAAAUUGACACCCUUGAUAAAGAUUAGCAAUAAUUACUAUAAAAUAAAUAAUUCAAACACUGAGCUAUAGAGUAUGUGCAACAGGCAGCUGGUGGCACCUUAAUUGGGGAGUACGGGCUCAUAGUAAUGGCUGGAACGGAAUAAAUGGAAUGGUAUCGAACAAAUCAAACAUGUUUUACAUGUGGUUGAUACCAUUCCAUUCACUCCAUUCCACCCAUUAUUAUGAGUUGUCCUCCCCUCAGCAGCCCUUGGUAUGCUACAUUUUUUGGGGAAAUUAUAUUAUUUUAAACUAAUACAAUUGCUCAGAGAAAGAGAUUUUGUUUAACAAGUAAUAUUUUAUUUUCUCAAAAAGGUAGGGGUGAAAUUUAUUGACACCCAUAAAGAUUAUUAGAAAUAAAGUAGUCAAAAGUUUAGAAUUUGGCCCUAUAUUCCUAGGACGCAAUGACUACAUCAAGUGUGACUCUACAAGCUUGUCGGAUGCAUUUGCAGUUAGUUUUGGUUGUGUUUCAGAUUAUUUAGUGCCCAUUAGAAAUCAAUGGUAAAUAUUGUAUUGUGUUAUUUUGGAGUCACUUUUAUUGUAAAUAAGAAUAUAAUAUGUUUCUAAACACUUUUACAUUAAUGUGGAUGCUACCAUGAUUACGGACAAUCCUAAACGAAUCGUGAAUAAUGAUGAGUGAGAAAAUUACAGUGGGUCAAACAUCAUACCCCCAAAACAUGCUAACCUCCCCUGUUAUUGGCAAUGGUGAGAGGUUAGCAUGUCUUGGGGGAUGAUCUUUGACCCUCUGUCACACCAUUAGUCUCCCAUUCACCUUAGUGAUUAACUGGCUGUCAAGCUUGCACUGUCAACACUUUUAUCUGGUACAACAGAGGGAGAGGGACGCCGAGGGAGAAAGGUGGAAAAGGGCAGAGAGGAUAUAUAGGGGGCGAGACUGGGGAGAAGGAGAGAGGACGAGAGGGAGAGAGGAAGAAGGGGGUUAGAGGGAGAAAGAGAGAACGAUAAGGUAAUGGUAGGGCAGGGUUGUGUUGUUAGAACAGGUAAAUAAUGUACUUUGGCUGUUGGUAGUGGCUUUGAAGUUUCAGUACAUACUCUCAGUCUGUGUGCUAUAAUGUGUUUGAGGGAGUCUCCUCAUGUUUGUGUCGUCUCCCCUGUGUCUAAGUGUGUCUGUCUUCUGUCUCGCCUCAGCAAAUUGACAGUGUGCUGAUAGAGAGUAAUAAGACAGUGGAUGAAGUCACCAGAAGCCUCAAUAGUGAGUACCUGAGCUUCUAGUCACAUAAUGCAUCACAAGUUCUGCAAAGGACAACCACACUGAAACAAUUGUUAUGCCAAUCGUCGUUUUGACCCAGGAGAGACUAGCUGCCACCCACCAUUUGGGAAACACCGGUCAACAAUUACAUAUAUGUCUACCUUCUCUCUCUCUCCUAGAUAUAGGUCCUCUGCUGGGCAGGGAGAUCCAGAGAAGUCUAGAGGGCCCCCUGAACCAUGCCCUGCAGUCUGUCAGCGAUAUGGCCAAUGGUACAACUCCAUCCUGUGUGUGUGUGUGUGUUUGUGUGUGUGUGUGUGUAUUCCUCUUCUGAUAUUCUAACUAGUGUUUCUGUGUGUGUGCGCGCGCGCUUGUGUGUGUAGUGAUUGUGUGUAUAUUCCUCUACUGAUAUAGUUGCAUUUUUAAUUCUCUACAUGACUUGUUUAAUAAAGCGCUUUUUAAAGUCUACUGACAUUUGAAUAUGUGUGUAUGUUGUAUUUGUAUCUAGUGGUGAACAGUACCAGUAUCCUGCUGGUGAGGUUAGACUCUACUCUAACCCACUUCCAGUCUGAUGUGGCUGUGGUCCAGGCUAACGUUAGCUCUGUCAGAGACCGCAUCAACAGCACACUGAGAAACCCUAACUGUAAUGAGUGCUCUGCCGAUCAGUCAGAGCUACAGAAACUAACAUUUGACACUGUCACUGUGAGUACAACUUUGUUUCGCGUCGCCGCCUCCAUUCAUUCUUCGCUCCUCCCCUCUCCUCUUUCCACUAUUGAAUGGCAAUUCCACCCCAGUUAUCCUCUGUGUCUUUUCAUCCUACUGGUUUGUCCUCGAUAAGGAAGGAUUCAGGCCUUUUGUUAAACACAAUCGAGCUGUACAGAAACACUUGGCUUUCUUGUGUGUGUGUGAUUUUGGACAGUGUGUGGUGUGUGGUGGUGGACUGUGUUUUGAGGAAAUUGCCUUGCAACAGAAGGAACACAUUACUGGGUUAACGAGAUCACUAUGACACAGGGAAAUUAGUUGUGUGGAAAUGGCUCAUGGUGUUGUCUUGUGAUGUAAGGUUUCAACAUGUUAGCUGACCUGACUAGUCCUUUCUUCUUCCUCCUCCUCCUCCUACUCCCACUGACACACUCUCUCCUCUCCACCCCCUCUCAAACAGGCUACCACAAAUGAAGUGGUUUCGGGAAAAUUACAGCUCAUAAUGCAUGCUCAAACGCACACACACAAAACCAGACAUUUCUGUCCAACAAAAGGCCUGAAUAGUUACUUAUUAAGAACAAAUCAGGAGGAGGUAGAACAAACAGCCAAAAAAAGGACAUUGAAUAAGAGACCAUGGUGUAUGUUACUCUGAUAUGAUUGUGGAGAAUGGUGUCCUUUGUAAUCAUAUAAAUGUUGUUUUUAGAUGUCAGUUUAUUCUAUUAUACACAAUGCAGUAUUUCAUUCACCCCUAUCACUGUUCUACUUUGAUAACAAGCAUAAGGCUGGCAAUACAUAGCCUAGUAAAAAUGUGAGUUUGUCAGCAUAGUUGAUAGUUCUGGCUUUGCUGCCCCCUGCUGCCAAAGCAUAAGAAUGACAUUUACUGCAGAGAAGUCAUUGAAGAUUAUGAGCUGUUUGCAACCUAAAGUGUGUGUGUGUGUGUGUUCCAUAGAUCCCCAGUCUGAGUGAGCUGCAGUCGGCUGUCGAUAACGUCACCAAGGCUGAUCUCAACUCUAAAGUGAAAGAGGUAACUAAAUAGACACAUUUUUGAAGACUAUGUAUUUCGAUAGUUCCAUAUAGAUGGUCUAUGGAUGCUAAGACUAUCAAUUAACUAGUGAUUUUAUAUGCAAUAAAUGUUCAAUAUCCAAAUGAAGUGUUUUGUGGAUGUCAUGCAAAGUAAUCAUACACAACGGCACCUUUCUUGCUGUGUCAGUAUUGCGUACUGUAUGCCGUUGUGGAAAACAUGGUUAUGAGUAGAAAUAGGUCAGGUCAGUGACCACAGUUAAUGUAACUCCGAUUCAUAAUCAAUGUAAGGUUAAGAUAACCUCUGGAUGAAAGGGAGUGAGUGUGUUUGUGUGAGAAAGAGCGAGAGGGAGAGAGAGAGACAGGGGAGCGAGAGAGAGAGAGAGAUGGAUUAGUGAAGUGUUACUGACAUGACACAGUAGUAUGCAUGGUGCUGUUCUGAGGGGGAAAUUGAGAUCCAUGCAUGAAACUCCUAGGAGUGUUACUGAGGACGUUUCUGACUGUGUGUGUCAGGGAGAAGACUUCUUUGCCAGUAUUCCCCAAAAAGUGACCAACGACACCAAGGAUGUGGUACAGAGUGAGUAUUCACCUUCAAUGUCACUACUAACUGUUAUAGGACUAGGACCCUCUACAACCACUGUGAUUAUUAUUUCACCCUGCUGGUCAUCUAUGAACGUUUCAACAUCUUGAAGUACGAUCUGGCCUUAAUGGCCAUGUACUCUUAUAAUCUCCACCCGGCACAGCCAGAAGAGGACUGAACACCCCUCAGAGCCAGGUUCCUCUCUAGGUUUCUUCCUAGAUUCCUGCCUUUCUAGGGAGAUUUUCAGAGCCACCGUGCUUCUGCAUUGCUUGCUGUUUGGGGUUUUAGGCUGGGUUUCUGUAUAACCACUUUGUGGCAUCUACUGAUAUAGAAAUGGCUUUAUAAAUACAUUUGAUUCAGUUAAACUUCUAUCUUGUAUAGGUCAUUAUACACACCCACACUAACAAGACUCUGUAUGUUUACUUGCCUUAUAGCCACAUCUUAACUAAAUACCUUUAAAACUGACCUUGGAUCAGUGUCUAGAGGUAUAUUCAUCCUUCUCCCUCAGAUGUGAUGCAGCAGCUUGAAGACAUCAAGAGACAGAUCUUUGAGGUGAAGGGAAACAUCCCUGUCUCUACCCUCAGCAACAUCUCAGACACACUGGGAGAGGCUCAGAGAUACAUCAGCAUGUACUCACCACAGGCAGAGAGGGUAGAGAUGAUCAGGUAAUGAACAUACACACACACACACAUACAGUCGUGGUCAAAAGUUUUGAGAAUGACACAAAUACUAAUUUUCACAAAAGUCUGUUGCCUCAGUUUUGAUGAUGGCAAUUUGCAUAUACUCCAGAAUGUCAUGAAGAGUGAUCGGAUGAAUUGCAAUGAAUUGCAAAGUCCCUCUUUGCCAUGAAAAUGAACUUAAUCCCCAAAAAACAUUUCCACUGCAUUUCAGCCCUGCCACAAAAGGACCAGCUGCCAUCAUGUCAGUGAUUCUCUCGUUAACACAGGUGAGAGUGUUGACGAGGACAAGGCUGGAGAUCACUCUGUCAUGCUGAUUGAGUUAUAAUAACAGACUGGAAGCUUUAAAGGAGGGUGCUGCUUGAAAUCAUUGUUCUUCCUCUGUUAACCAUGGUUACCUGCAAGGAAACACGUGCCGUCAUCAUUGCUUUGCACAAAAAAGGGCUUCACAGGCAAGGAUAUUGCUGCUAGUAAGAUUGCACCUAAAUCAACCAUUUAUCGGAUCGUCAAGAACUUCAAGGAGAGAGGUUCAAUUGUUGUGAAGAAGGCGUCAGGGCGCCCAAGAAAGUCCAGCAAGCGCCGGGACCGUCUCCUAAAUUUGAUUCAGCUGCGGGAUCGGAGCACCACCAGUGCAGAGCUUGCUCAGGAAUGGCAGCAGGCAGGUGUGAGUGCAUAUGCACGCACAGUGAGGCAAAUACUUUUGGAGGAUGGCCUGGUGUCAAGCAGGGCAGCAAAGAAGCCACUUCUCUCCAGGAAAAACAUCAGGGACUGACUGAUAUUCUGCAAAAGGUACAAGGAUUGGACUGCUGAGGACUGGGGUAAAGUAAUUUUCUCUGAUGAAUCCCCUUUCCAAUUGUUUGGGGCAUCCGGAAAACACCUUGUCCGGAGAAGACAAGGUGAGCGCUACCAUCAGUCCUGUGUCAUGCCAACAGCAAAGCAUCCUGAGACCAUUCAUGUGUGGGGUUGCUUCUCAGCCAAGGGAGUGGGCUCACUCACAUUUUUGCCUAAGAACACAGCCAUGAAUAAAGAAUGGUACCAACACAUCCUCCGAGAGCAACUUCUCCCAACCAUCCAAGAACAGUUUUGCCUUUUCCAGCAUGAUGGAGCACCUUGCCAUAAGGCAAAAGUGAUAACUAAGUGGCUCGGGGAACAAAACAUCGACAUUUUGGGUCCAUGGCCAGGAAACUCCCCAGACCUUAAUCCCAUUGAGAACUUGUGGUCGAUCCUCAAGAGGCGGGUGGACAAAAUUCUGACAAACUCCAAGCAUUGAUUAUGCAAGAAUGGGCUGCCAUCAGUCAGGAUGUGGCCCAGAAGUUAUUUGAAAGCAUGCCAAUGAGGAUUGCAGAGGUCUUGAAAAAGAAGGGUCAACACUGCAAAUAUUGACUCUUUGCAUAAACUUAAUGUAAUUGUCAAUAAAAGCCUUUGACACUUAUGGAAUGCUUGUAAUUAUACUUCAGUAUACCAUAGUAACAUCUGACAAAAAUAUCUCAUAACACUGAAGCAGCGAACUUUGUGAAGACCAAUACUUGUGUCAUUCUCAAAACUUUUGACCACGACUGUACACACUGACAGGACUGAACAGAUAAGAUAAAAGAUCCUCUGUUUUUUUCUCUCUAGGUGGGCUGUAGGUAUUAUCCUGAGCUGUGUAGUUCUCCUGGUUGUAGUGUGUAACCUCCUGGGUCUGUUUUUGGGUCCGGUGGGACUGAGCUCUAAAGACGUCCCAACAGAACGAUCCAGCACUGCAGACUGUGGAGGAACCUUCCUCAUGGCGUAAGUACUGUCAUUGUGUGUGUGUGUGUGUGUGUGUGUGUGUGUGUAUAUAUAUGAGGAUGGGCGUAAGUGACGCUUGUGCCCUUAACAAUACAUAAUCUAGUAAAAUAGUGAUCUCAACGUAUUUGUGUGUGUAGGGGUGCAGGGAUAAGUUUCCUGUUUUCCUGGCUCCUCAUGCUGGUGGUGUUACUACUAUUUAUACUGGGAGGGAAUGUCUACACACUGGUGUGCCAGCCCUGGCGCAGUGGACAGCUACUACAGGUACACAAACACACACCUACACACACACUCUCAUACAUGCACACACACAAUUCAUUAAUUGACUCACUGAUUGAUUGUGUGUCUCCCCCCUCCCCAGUUUGCUGACACUGCGGGCCUGAUACAUGGCUUCAAUUUAGGAAAGACACUGGGCCUGAAGAGCAACCUGACUCUUACUGAAGUAUACAAGUAUGUAGAAACAUUAUAAAGGGUUAUGCAAAUUAAAUAUCUGCUUUCUGGUUAUCUAAAUGGUUAUUAUAAAUCACUCUGGAUAAGAGCGUCUGCUAAAUGUAAUUUUGUUUUUGUUCGGCUAUUGUGCAAUGUAAUGAUGUAUUGUUGUGUGUUUGUAGUGAAUGUGAACAGAACAGGCCUCUAUGGACAACCCUCCAUCUGUAUGAGCUCAUAGACCUCAAUGAUUUGCUCAACGUGUCCAAAGUACGAUUCUAUUGUUUCUACUCUAUCAUAUAUGGUUUCUACUCUAUCACAUAUGGGUUUAACUUUUUCUAUCACCAUACACUGUCUAUUGAUAAUCACUGGGAAUCACUUUACAUGGGUAGUUAGUUCCCAAAUUAAUCGUCUUAUGUUUCCACUUCCAAAUUGGUGUAAAGUCCAUAUUUUAAACCAUCUGCUCUCCUGGGACAAUGUUUCCUCUAGUCCUUCUAAUUCGCUCUACCUCUCCCCUCCCAGUACACAGAAGAGAUUCAGCAGCACUUUGACAGUAAUGAUAUCAAACUGUCUACCAUCACCCUGCUCACCCAUGAGAUACGCAAACAGCUACACAGCUUCUCUGCCAUAGCCCAUGAUGUCGACUUCAGCUCUGUCAGACAGCAGGUACAAAGUGUGUGUGUGUGUACAUCUGUGUGACCUUUGGUCUCUUAUAGUUUGUAUUGAAUUUGAGUAUAUAUCAUAUCAUAUCACAUACCAUAACUGUUUCUAUAUCUGUUUUUAGAUCAACAAUAUUGCCAGCAUUAAUCUGAAUGAAACAGCAGACAGGUUAGACAAACUUGCUGCUAUUCAAGUGAGUAAUAAAACAUGUAACAUUGUUCCAAAUAUAUUCCCUCCCUUUGAGCACACUCAGUCUCUUCUCUAUCAUCAUCGGAGACUGUGAUCAUCAGUGUGCACUGUGCAUAUGGACAUUUGUAGAAAGGCAGUAAUGUGAAGCAUGUCCCACCGUCUCCCUCCAGCCUGAUCGAGGUAUUCAAUUAGAGCUGACCCAGGAGACUACAGUCCUGAGAGAGAUCCAGUUAUACAUUAACACUACCAUCAUCCCACAACUGGUAUGUUUGACCAGCCUGGUGCUGUCGCUUUCUGCUCUGGACAACUUCAGCAAAAUGUCCCAUGCGUUUGGUUGUAAUAAAUAUACAGCUAUCUGGACUAUCUAUGACUAUUUUAUCAAUUCUUAAGAGGUCAUUAUUCAGAGCAGAGUCAUGUUGUAUAUACUGUCUGUCUUUUGUGUUUCAGACUCAGUUGAACUCCACCAUAGUUGCCCUUAGUGUCAUAGCAUCACAUAUCAAUGUAAGUAUACUGCAGAAUGUUCAGAAAGCAUGAGCAGCAAGUGUUCUUUCAUUAAACUAUGUCAUAAUGUAGCUAUGCAAUGCCUGCUCAUCCUUCUCUUUCUCCCUCCCUCUCUCCUUUAGCGCACAUUAGGAGAUGUGUUGAGUAAAGUGGGAACAGCUCAAGACUUCCUCAACACUAACACUUCACAGAUAGUCAAGGCUGUGAGUAACCACACACAAGCACAUCUCAUCACGGAAAAUACUUUACAACCAGAAAAUGACAUCAUAAUGACUUCACAUUCCACAUUUACCGCACUGGGUUUCUUUUCUAGAAAGAUAAACCAUUUCAUCUGGUUCAUGACUUCUAGUGUUCUGUACAGUGAAGAGGGAGAGAUGAGUUCUGAUGAGUGUGACAAACACAGCUCUCUGUCUGCCUUAGCCUGUAGCACCACAGCCAUUACUCACACACGGCCCACUUCACAUAGUUACAGGAAAUUCCACCUGAUUCUCUGCUGCAAAGCUCCACUGAAUCUCAUGGCUUACACUUGUCUCUCUCUCUCUCUGUCUCAGGAGAGUAAGGAGUUCCUGGACUGUCAGAUGGGGUACUUCAUGGCGUAUGCUGACUGGGCUAACCUCACAGUGGGUUCACUUAGUGUACUACUAUUACUGUAUCACUGCAUUACUCUACCGAGUGUGUGUGUCUGGUUUCAUUGUAGGUUCCUAUGUUUGCGUGUGUGGUUUAGCCUCAGCCAUAUGUGUAAUAAUGUGGGGUUGUGGUUGAUCAUCUUGUGUUGACACACAGCCUGGGUUUUAGGCUGGGUAUCUGUAAAGCACUUUGUGACAACUUCUGAUAUGAAAAGGGCUUUAUAAAAUACAUUUGAUUGAUACAUUUGAUUGAUUGACACUCUUCUGUGUGUGUGUAUGUAGAUCACUCAACAGGUUGGUCUCUGUGGCCCAGUGGCAAAAGCUGUGGACUCAGCUGAGGUUAUAGUCUGCUCAAACAUGGUGCAAUCUCUGGUGAGAAAACUAUUACACACACAGAGAGAAAAUGAUUCACUGUGCUAAUUUAACAUUGUUUAUUAACCUAAAUGUGUGUGUGUGUGUGUGUUUGUCCAGAAUGCAUUCUGGUUCAGUCUGGGCUGGUGUAUGAUCUUCUUUGUCCCCAGCAUCAUCUUCUCCAUCAAUCUGGCCAAAUUCUACAGGAGGAUGAAGCAUAGUGAUGUCUAUGAGUGAGUAGCUAACAUAUGUACACAAAUAUUUACACACAUACAGUUGAAGUCAGAAGUUUACAUACACUUAGGUUGAAGUCAUUAAAACUCGUUUUUCAACCACUCCACAAAUUUCUUGUUAACAAACUAUAGUUUUGGCAAGUCGGUUAGGACAAUUUGUGCAUGACACAAGUAAUUUUUUCAACAAUUGUUUACAGACAGAUUAUUUCACUUAUAAUUCACUGUAUCACAAUUCCAGUGGGUCAGAAGUUUACAUACGGUAGGUUGACUGUGCCUUUAAACAACUUGGAAAAUUCCAGAAAAUUAUGUCAUGGCUUUAGAAGCUUCUAAUAGGCUAAUUGACAUAAUUUGAGUCAAUUGGAGGUGUACCUGUGGAUGUAUUUCAAGGCCUACCUUCAAACCCAGUACCUCUUUGCUUGACAUCAUGGGAAAAUCAGAUGAAAUCAGACAAGACCUCAGAAACAAAAUUGUAGACCUUGGGAGUAAUUUCCAAACGCCUAAAGGUACCACGUUCAUCUGUACAAACAAUAGUACGCAAGUAUAAACACCAUGGGACCACGCAGCCAUCAUACCGCUCAGGAAGGAGAUGCGUUCUGUCUCCUAGAGAUGAACGUACUUUGGUGCGAAAAGUGCAAAUCAAUCCCAGAACAACAGCAAAGGACCUUGUGAAGAUGCUGGAGGAAACAGCUACAAAAGUAUCUAUAUCCACAGUAAAACGUGUCCUAUAUCGACAUAACCUGAAAGGCUGCUCAGCAAGGAAGAAGCCACUGCUCCAAAACCGCCAUAAAAAAGCCAGACUACGGUUUAGCGCACAUUAGGAGAUGUGUUGAGUAAAGUGGGAACAGCUCAAGACUUCCUCAACACUAACACUUCACAGAUAGUCAAGGCUGUGAGUAACCACACACAAGCACAUCUCAUCACAUGGGGACAAAGAUUGUACAUUUUGGAGAAAUGUCCUCUGGUCUGAUGAAACAAAAAUAGAACUGUUUGGCCAUAAUGACCAUCGUUAUGUUUGGUGGAAAAGGGGGGUUGCUUGCAAGCCAAAGAACACCAUCCCAACCGUGAAGCACAGGGGUGGCAGCAUCAUGCUGUGGGGGUGCUUUGCUGCAGGAGGGACUGGUGCACUUCACAAAAUAGAUGGCAUCAUGAGGAAGGAAAAUGAUGUGGAUAUAUUGAAGCAACAUCUCAAGACAUCAGUCAGGAAGUUAAAGCUUGGUCGCAAAUGGGUCUUCCAAAUGGACAAUGACCCCAAGCAUACUUCCAAAGUUGUGGCAAAAUGGCUUAAGGACAACAAAGUCAAGGUAUUGGAGUGGCCAUCACAAAGCCCUGACCUCAAUCCUAUAGAAAAUUUGUGGGCAGAACUGAAAAAGCGUGUGCGAGCAAGGAGGCCUACAAACCUGACUCAGUUACACCAGCUCUGUCAGGAGGAAUGGGCCAAAAUUCAUUCAACUUAUUGUGGGAAGCUUGUGGAAAGCUACCCGAAAUGUUUGACCCAAGUUAAACAAUUUAAAGGCAAUGCUACCAAAUACUAAUUGAGUGUAUGUCUUUCCUAAUGUGAUGAAAUAAAUAAAAGCUCUACUAUUAUUCUGACAUUUCACAUUCUUAAAAUAAAGUGGUGAUCCUAACUGACCUAAGACAGGGAAUAUUUACUAGGAUUAAAUGUCAGGAAUUGUGAAAAACUGAGUUUAAAUGUAUUUGGCUAAGGUGUAUGUAAACUUCCGACUUCAACUGUACAUCCAAUGAUUGUACUUAGGUACUGGGCGGGCCCCAUAUCUCCCCCCAUAUCAUAUCAUCUUAUCUUUUUAUUCAAUACGAUAUAAAAGGCUAAACUGAUCCUUUGUCAGCACUCCUACUUUGAGACUCUUUGUGAAUACGGGCCCAGGACACUAUGACUGAUCGAGACGUUGUUGCAAUAAAGGUGGUAUGGGAAUGAUAUACAAUCUCUUUUUGUCUUGUCUCAUCUCUCUCCCCACAGCAACCACA